CUCCCCACAGUCGGCAGGCCUCUGUAAGGACGGAUCAGCAGACGACAAGAAAUGCCCAGGAAAUUCGUCCAAGGAUUCCAAUUUCGUUCACCGUGAGCUGGUGUUAAGCCAUAUUAUUAUUAGGUAACGGCUUGAGUUAAGUGAAAAGCUUGGAUUGCGCAUGGCUCUUCAAGGUUUAAUAUAACCAUAUUAAGGUAACUUUAACAAGACGAUUCUCGUGAUCAGCUGACUGGAUUACAGGUGAUUUUUGAGAUUAAUAAAGGAUAAGAUUCGGAUACCGCUAUCAUGCCGAGAAGGGAAGACACCAUAGAUCUGGUCGAUUUGGGAGCCACUGAUGCUGCAAACGGAGAUGUUCUUCUUGAUUUGGAUUUGGACGAAAAUGUGAAGGAGAAGAAACGAGAUGGCACUCUGCUUGCAGACGAACAGCCUCCUGCUGGUGCCAAUGAGGAGGAGGAGGAGGUGGAGGAUCCAUGGGCCCUGUCUGAACUGAAAGACACAAGCACACCUUGGAAUGAGCUAACAUGCUGUGGCAAGAUGAGCCGAGUGUUAGUAAGCUGGAUCUUCAAGCCUGUUCUCAUCAUUGGACUUCUUUACUUCUUCAUCUGUUCCCUUGAUCUGAUGAGCUCUGCUUUCCGUCUCCUUGGGGGUAAAGAGGCUGGCGAAGUCUUCUCCCAGAACGAUCUUCUCAACAACCCUGUCUGUGGUCUGAUGAUCGGCAUCCUGGCUACCGUCCUAGUCCAAAGCUCCUCCACUUCAACCUCUAUCGUUGUCAGCAUUGUAGCGGCUGGAAUCCUGCCUGUCAGACCUGCCAUCUUCAUUAUCAUGGGAGCCAACAUUGGUACCUCUGUCACCAACACCAUCGUGUCCAUGGCCCAGUCUGGUAACAGGUCAGAGUUCCGUCGUGCCUUCGGUGGGGCGGUUGUCCACGACAUGUUCAACUGGCUCUCGGUGAUCUGUCUGUUGCCUCUGGAGUAUGCAACCGGCUACCUCUAUCGUCUGACCAACCUCAUUGUUGCUUCCUUUAAAAUUGAGACCAAGAAGGGUGCCAAGUUGGAACUGCUGAAGGUGCUGACCAAACCGUUCUCCUUGAGAAUCAUACAGAUUGACAGCAAGAAAAUUUCCCAGAUUGCGACUGGAGAGCUAGAGGCUGAGAACCAGUCCCUCCUGAAAGUGUGGUGCAAGACAGAAGAGGUCCCUCAGAUUGUCAACCAAACAGCCAAUGCCUACAUUGCCAACACCACUGCUUACCCUCCUACUUAUACGACCGGUUGGGGAGGCUGGGGAGGCUGGGGAAAUGUUUUCAACACCUCCGGCACUGACACUGGAUUUAAUAAGACUACUACUGGAUAUCCUGUAUGGUGGGACGCUACUGGUACAUCAACACCUCCCAGUGGCAACCCUACCACAGACGCUUCGGGACAGAUCACCCAGAUGGUGAAGAUCAAUGUUGAGAAAUGCCACUUCAUCUUCAAUAAUACCGGUCUGUCAGAUCGAGCUAUCGGUGGCAUCCUCCUCGUAAUUGCUCUGGUCAUGCUCUGCAGCUGUCUCGUCAUGAUGGUCAAGGCACUUAACUCCCUUCUCAAGGGUCGUGUUGCUGGUAUCAUCCGUAAGACCCUGAAUGCAGACUUCCCUGGACCCUUCCGCCACCUGACGGGGUACGCUGCCAUUCUGGUCGGUGCUGGCAUCACUUUCUUGGUCCAGAGCAGCUCAGUCUUCACUUCCGCCCUGACACCACUGGUUGGUGUAGGGGUCAUCACCCUUGACCGUAUGUACCCGUUGACCCUGGGUUCCAACAUCGGCACCACAGCGACGGGUCUACUCGCUGCCAUGGCCAGCUCUGGGGACAAGCUGGAAAACAGUAUCCAGAUUGCACUCUGCCAUCUUUUCUUCAACAUCUCUGGCAUUCUCCUCUGGUAUCCCAUCCCUAUAAUGAGAAAUAUUCCAAUCAUGCUGGCCAAGAAGCUGGGCAACACCACCGCAAAAUACCGCUGGUUCGCCAUCAUGUACCUCAUCCUCAUGUUCUUCUUCCUACCCCUCUCCAUCUUCGGUCUUUCGCUCAUCAGUGUGUGGUGCUUAUUAGGUGUAGGUGUUCCCAUCAUCUUGAUUACUAUCUUUGUCGUAGUGGUCAACACCCUCCAAGCCAAACGGCCACAAGCUCUACCAGAAAAACUGCUCGACUGGGAAUUCCUGCCCCUUUGGAUGCACUCCCUUUCACCGCUGGAUCGCCUUAUAUCCAAGCUCCUUUCCGUGGGAAAGAGGUGUUGCCCAUGCCGAUCAAACUCUAAAGGAAGCCACAAUAUCAGUGGGCAACCACUGGUACACAGCAAUAGUGCUUCCCCGGUCAAGGUGCACUAUGACGUAGUGAAUGACCGCACAGAAACUUUGCCCGCCUCGGAACUUGGCAAUAACGGCGAUGCUAAGCGAUUGAGCACCCUAUGACCACACACUCCCAAACCAUAGAUAUCGUGCUAACCAUGUGUAUUAUUUCUAGGGCAGUGCAAAUUACCGAUAUUUAUAUAUUUGUUUUCCAUCCAGUCACUGAUUCAGAAAAUGCAUGGCGCAGGAAAUAUAUUUUUUUAUAUACAUGUCUUAGUGUACACAGCCCAUCUCUUGCUAAUAUUCUAGACUUAAAAAUGAGUGGGGAAAAGUAGGACAAAGCAACUACAUGUAUUCUUUUCAACAAUUACAAUUAAUUGGAAAGAUAGAAUAAUGUCCUUCAUUUGCGGAUUUUAAUAUUUGCAAAUGCCAAAGUGUGCCCUGGCAUCAUUUCUGAUGCAAAUCAUUUUCAACCUGGAUAUCCUAAGUAAGACCUCAAUUUUAAUGUAUAUGUCCAACUUAUUAUAUAGAUAAUAUAAUGGUUAGUUAAAUUAUGUGUUCACUUCUGAGAAUUUUAUAACGUAAAUUAAGGUGCAUACAUACAUAACUAGCCACCAGACUUUGUCAAUAUCCUUUUUUUUUCCUUCUUAAUUCUUAUGUUCUCAAUCAACAAGAUGAUCUGGUGAAAUCUGUAAAUAUAGAGAAAUUUAUCAAAACAUUUUUUAUAUAUAAAGUGUCAACAUAUUGUACUCAGUUGCAUUAAUUAAGCAUCCCCCUCUUUUCGUAAUUUAAAAAAAGAAAACAUUGGACAUGGAAAAAAAAUCACAAUCCUCCUGUACAGCAUGUAGUUAUUUGGAGGUAGUGUAGAUUGAAACAUUCCAUCAUUUGGACUGGUCAGACAUCUUCCAGCAUAUGUAUUUUUGUUACAUAAAUUAUUUAUUUUGCUUUGUGACUGAAUGACUGAAAUCUCAUUGUUUGACACAUAUUUAUUUUCGUGAAUGUACAUGUUAAUGGGUAACUUGUAGGCGAUAUCUGAAAUGAGUAUCUUUCAAAUGGCAAUACAGAACAUUGAGAAUAUCAACAGUAAAACUUUCCUGUUCAGAAAUAUAACCCAAAAUAACAUUUUUGAAGACUUAAAAUAGUGUUUCCUACAAUAGCUGUAUCAUUUUACAACAGGGUAAGUUGCAUUAUAUUUAAUGAAUUCAUUCAGGGUUGUUCUGUACAUGCAAAUAUCGGUAGGAAGUUUUGGCUGUUGCAUAUAUUGCUUUUUGGUCGAAUCACUGCCAAUCAUCAAUGAAUAAUCUUUUGACCAUGACAAUCAUAUCAUCAUUUUUCUGUUUUCAACAGAAGUAUUCUCCAUUGGACAACUAAAAUACCUGUCAUUUAUCGCACACAAUGUCAUUGAUUGCCUUUACCCCAGCUUGACUUAUGUUAUUUAUAUAGAGUGCAAUGAAAUCCAAUCCAGGGUAAUACCAAUGAAUGAUAUAAUUAAUAUCCUAGCUUGUGAUGGUUCAGAGCCAGAAAGGCAUUAGAGCUUGUAAUUGAACACCUAAGUGCCUCUCUGAUUCUGAAGAAGUCAUUUCAUGGCUUUUGUGAAAUGUCUCAACAUACUGUGUUAUAGCAUGCUGCAUUAUGUAUAUUGUAUAAAUACAUAAAGUGUAGUAAACUUAAUAUAUGUCUUCAUCGUAUGUGCCUGGCUUUACAUGUAGUGAUCCAUUCAAAGAUUUCUGAUGUUCAGGAUUAUAGAGAAAAGAAGAAUACCUGUAUUCUGUAAUAUGGCAGUUGUAUUUUUGUUUGAUUUUAUUUUCUAUUUUGUUUUCUAUUGAUGCUUAAUAAAUGAGCCAAAGACUUAA